AUGCUGUCACGCCACUUUGGGCGUCUUCUGGCGCUAACUGCAGUUCCCAAAGUUAGUGUAGAACCCAUGCUUUUCUCGUUACUUGCGCGUCGUAUGUCUAAUAACAGAACAUCAGAAAAUUGGGGCAAUCUUGGCACUGUCCUUAAGGAACUUCGCAAUGUUUCAAGGGAACAUCGACUGGAAGGCAAAAUGCCGGACACAAAGCUUUUGAAAGAAUUAGGCUAUUCGUCGCUUAUACUUGCCAUUCGCAAGAAACACGGAGGUAUGGUGAAAAUUGCGUCGAAAAUGGGAACACACAAAGAAAAGGAGAUCGUCGAGGUGCACAAGAAAGUGAGCGCGCGAGCUAAACGGCGUCACAAACGACUAGAAAGGCUUAAGAUGCACGAUUUUUAUUAA